AAAUCCUCUGGAAAAUGCUUUGCAAACGUUCUCUUCAAGGCCUCCGUCAACCUGGAUUUCAAACACUAUCUCGUCGUUUUUUGAGUGUUACUCAUGAAGACCCUCUACCUGGUACCACUACAGCCAGUAUUGUUGACCAAGAAUUGGGCAACAUCAUCGGCGUCUAUGCUCGUUAUCCCCUUGUUAUGAGCCAUGGUCAGGGCUCUUAUUUAUUUGAUAAAGAGGGUCGUAAAUAUAUUGACUUUACUUCUGGUGUUGCCGUUACUUCUUUGGGCCACGGUCACCCCGAGGUUGCUCGCCUUGCCGCUGAUCAAUGUACCAAGUUGGUUCAUAGUAGCAACUUGUACUACAACGAGCCUGCUAUUGAACUUUCUUCAAAGAUAAACAAAUCUUUAGCUCAAAACAGCAAGAUCUCAUCUCCCAGUAAGAUCUUCUUUUCAAACAGUGGUACUGAAGCCAAUGAGACUGCUUUGAAGUUUGCUCGUAAAGCCGCUUACGAGGGCUAUGGUGAAGGCAAGUCCCAAAUUGUUUAUUUCAACAAUUCUUUCCACGGCCGUUCUCUUGGUUCUCUUAGUAUUACAGCCAACCCCAAAUACCGCCGUGGUUUCGAACCCUUGCUUCCUGAUGUUGUUCAAGCUACGUACAAUGACAUUGAAUCCAUCAAGCAAGUUAUCAAUGAUAAAACCGCUGCUGUUAUCGUUGAACCUGUUCAAGGUGAAGGUGGUAUUUGCCCUGCCAAUGCCGAAUUCUUAGUGGCAUUGCGCAAGGCUUGCGAUAAAUUCAAUGUAUCCUUGAUUUACGAUGAAAUUCAAUGCGGUCUUGGUCGUAGUGGUGACUUCUGGGCUCAUUCUAUCGUUAAAGAUCAAGCUAGCCCUGAUAUCAUCACUAUUGCUAAGCCUUUGGCUAAUGGCUUACCUAUUAGUGCCACCAUUGUUUCUUCAAAGGUAGCUGAAACUCUUCAUGCUGGUGAACAUGGAAGCACUUUCGGCGGUAAUCCCGUUGCUUGCCGGGUCGGUUCUUUCUGCGUCGAUGAACUCAGUUCAUCGAAAAUUUUGAACAAUGUGCGCAAGCAACACAACACUCUUACUUCCCGUUUUGCUGAAUUUACCACCAAAUACCCUAACUUGAUUCGUGGUUACGCUGGUCGUGGUCUUCUUUUAGGUUUGCAAUUCAAUCAAUCCCCUAGCGAGUUUAUCAAUCUCGCUCGUAAACAGGGCCUUUUGCUUUUACCAGGUGGUAACAACAACACCCGUGUUCUUCCUUCCUUGAACGUUAAGGACUCUGUCAUUGCUGACGGUUUGGAUAUCAUGGACGAUACCUUAAAGUACUUGUCAAAGUAAAUAAAUUUGAUUAGGUAGUUAAUUGUGGAAUUACGGAUGCGACCAUUUAGACUUAGAAUUGAUUAUAUAAACUAAUUAGAAGCACACAAAUUAUUUAGAGUCCAGGUUAACACUCUGUUAUGUUAUACAGAUGGACUUAGUUUAUUAUUGGUUUCUACUGUAAAUGGUUUCAUUUACUCUUACACUUGCUUUUAGGCGUUUUCUGAACAAAUUUUUGGUGACUAUAUUUUGAAAGAUACUUGACCUAGUUUGACGAGAUUGUAUAGGUCAAAAGUUCUUUUGAGAUACUAUCCGGUUAGAGAAAUACUAAUAAUAAUAAUAAAUUAUAUAUAUAAUUUG